GGGGAGGGGUGCUUAGGAGGCCAGGCCCUCCUCCCCUCCGCAGCCACCCCUUUCUGCUGGCCUGGAGAGGCUGGGGCCCAACUGUGUCCUCUAGCCCUAAGCCAGUUCCUCUUCCAGAAACUGGGCCAGCCUCUAGAGGGGCCGCCCCCUUCCACCCUUGGUCAGCCCCGGGGCAUGUGAGAGUGUUGGUUAAACUGGGAGGGAGCCCUGCCCUGCCCCAGGCUGCCUGCACAGGGAAGGCUGCCUGCACGAGGUGGGGGGGGGGGGGGUGCGCGGUGAGCCACCGGUGGUCAUGGCCUGGGUGAACCUGUCUGCUCCCUGCUGCUGCGUGACCACAGGCCUGAGGGACAGGAACCUGGCCCGGCGUCACACUGGCCUUAUCAUUUGCCCUUCUUUCAUGUGAAAGUUUGAGAGAAGUGUGCAGCCACAGGAAAACGGGUGAGGCGAGGGUCCGUGGCGCCCUGGGGCAGCCGCACCCCGUUCCCCCAGCACUGCCCAGAGGCACAUGUGACACUCAUGGGCUGGGUGGGCUUGAGAACCCAGCCACGGUACCGCGGCCCAACUCCAGACAGGUCGGGGUGGUUCCCUAAUCCCACAGUCUGCAUGAGGUCCCUGGUCAGACUCCUCGGGGGGCCUGGUCGUUUCGAGCUGCGCUCAGAGGUGGCCCCGGAGGCAGCAGCAGACCCUGGCUUGAGUUUCCACGGUGUCUCGGGGAAGCACGGGUGAAGCCCGCGUUGGCGAUGCUGCUGUCUCGCGCCUGGCAACCAGAACCACACGUCCCGGUACAGGCCUCGGGCCCCUCACUCCCCUUGGCCCCGGAGGUCCGGAUGGUCCGCUGUCCUUUGUCCCGGUGACAAAGCCCUUUCCAGGAAGUGCGCCUGCUGUGCCCACGUGACUGUCCCCCCCCCCCCCCCCAGCUCCCGGCUCCUUCUGAGGGGGCGGCCGGAGAGCCUUGCUCCUUGCCGCUUCCGCGAUGCUGACACUCACACUGUGGCUCCCGACGGGGCAGCGGCCGUCGCGCUGAGUCUGAGUUCCAGAGACGCCUGGAUGACUCCGCUGAAGGCGUUCAGCACCUACUUGAUACUCAGACUCACGUCUUCUGCUGGGUUUUCUCACCUGCGGGAGUUUGGCGCAGUGUGUUUUGUUCCAGAGCCGGAAAGGGAACGUCCCGGUCUGCCUGACUGCCCCUCAGGGCUGGUCCCUGAGCUCCAAUGCCUUGCUCUCUGUGGGGUAAACGGGAGAUGGGGGUAACAGGUCUGCUCGGCAGAGGACCCCCAGUUCACUGGCGGGGGCAAAGCCAGGCCUCUCCAGCUCUGUUCUUAGCCCCGUGGUGCAGGGUUUGUAUGCCGCUCACAGCCAGACUCUCACACCUGCUGUGCCGGCCACAGGGACCCUGGACCCCAGCCGUCCGUAGCUGGUGACUGACAGGUGUCAAUCUGGAAGGGCAGAGGCGGUGAUGCCACCCACGGAUCUUUCAGAUCAGACUGAGCCCCGUGGUGCCCUGAGCCCCGUGUGCAGGUGAAGACGUGCUUCCUGUAUUUCCUCAGGUAUCCCUCAUCAGUGCCAGGAGCUGCCUCCCAGCCAUGGAGGGGGAGGAGGAGCGGUCACCUCAGGAGCCGACGCCGACGCUCUGUCCCUGCUCCUGGAGAUGAAGCUGAGGAGGCGGCGGGAACGGCCCAGCCUGCCGCGCACCGUGACCGAGCUGGUGGCCGAGGACGGGAGCAGGGUGUACGUGGUGGGCACAGCCCACUUCAGCGAUGACAGCAAGAGGGACGUCGUGAAGACCAUCCGGGAGGUGCAGCCUGAUGUGGUGGUGGUGGAGCUGUGCCAGUACCGCGUGUCCAUGCUCAAGAUGGACGAGAGCACGCUGCUCCAGGAGGCCAAGGAGAUCAGCCUGGAGAAGCUGCAGCAGGCCGUGAGGCAGAACGGGGUCAUGUCUGGACUCAUGCAGAUGCUGCUGCUGAAGGUGUCGGCCCACAUCACCGAGCAGCUGGGCAUGGCCCCUGGCGGCGAGUUCAGGGAGGCCUUCAAGGAGGCCAGCAAGGUGCCUUUCUGCAAGUUCCACCUGGGCGACCGGCCCAUCCCCGUCACCUUCAAGAGGGCCGUCGCCGCACUGUCCUUCUGGCAGAAGGUCAAGCUGGCCUGGGGCCUGUGCUUCCUGUCAGACCCCAUCAGCAAGGACGACGUGGAGCGCUGCAAGCAGAAGGACCUGCUGGAGCAGAUGAUGGCCGAGAUGGUCGGCGCGUUCCCCGACCUGCACCGCACCAUCGUCUCUGAGCGCGACGUUUACCUGACCUACGUGCUGCGGCAGGCCGCCCGGCGCCUGGAGCUGCCCCGCUCCUCUGACGCCGAGCCCAGGAAGUGUGUCCCCUCGGUGGUGGUGGGUGUCGUGGGCAUGGGCCACGUGCCGGGCAUCGAGAAGAACUGGACCACCGACCUCAACAUCCAGGAGAUCAUGACCGUCCCCCCGCCGUCCGUCUCCGGCAGAGUGUCCCGGCUGGCCGUGAAGGCCGCCUUCUUCGGCCUGCUGGGCUACGGCCUUUACUGGAUGGGGCGCCGCGCCACCAGCCUGGUCCUGUCACUGCCUGUCGCUCAGUACUGUCUGCAGAGGGCGUCCGCGGCCCGGCCGCGCGAAUAGGAAGGACCAACACGUGGCUGCUCCCGUGUCACCGCUGAGGGGCGCUGGGGCUGGCCCCCCCCCCCCCCCAACGAGGAGCGGCUGGGUGCCACCCCCUGUGGGGGUCCGGGCCCGGCCACGCCUCUCCUCCCCCAACCCGCCCAAAUAAAGAAAUAUUUAACUGCUCUGAGCUCAGGCUUCCCAGCAGCCCCCUCCCCACCCUCAUCCCCGGCCCUGCAGGGACCGCUCUUGGGGUUCAUGGGCAUCGGGACGCGCUGGUGGGGGAGGGGCCAAAGGUGCACACUGCCCCACCCCCAUCCCCGGCCCCCAGGUGAAGGGGCGUGGUGGGCAUGGCCAGCCAUCCCCUACCUCACUGUGCCUUCUCACGCGCUGGCAGCAGGAGCCCUGGCCCGGGAGCGAGUCCCAGUGGGUUCUGGGCCACCGGGUUCCUGGCCGGCAUGUUUGGGAAGGGCCAGGUCACCCCACGCAGCUCUGUCGUGGCUCCUGGGAGCGUCCCUCCCGCCUGGGCAGCUUGGCCACGCUCGGUCGUGGCGGGCGCACACCAGCUCUGCCUGCAGACGGUGUGUGGUUUUGUUUUUUAAAAAUGUCUGAAGUUUUUUUACUCAGGUAAUUCUAACUUAAGAGAAAAACUGAAGCAAAUGUCAGAAAAUACUAGCCUUAAACCUGGUUGGGACAAAGAGAACGUGUGUGUGGGGGGACCUCGAUCCCGAGAGGGUGAGCCCGUGGGAGAAAGGUCAGCCUCCGCAGGGGGGUGCCAGGCCCGCCUCUGGCUGGGGGCUUCUGGGGCUGCAGCCCUCGGACGGGAGCCUUCCUCGGCCCCAACCUCAGUGGACAGCGGGCGCGUGUCCGCUGUGGGGCGGGACAGACGGAGACCCGAGGUUGGGCCGAGCCCACGCGGGGCUCCCACCCCGGGCACCUCCCUGCGGCCACGCUCCGCGGGUCACGUGUCUGUGACACGGCCUCUGUGCAGCCCACCCGGGCCCCCGGGGCCACGCUUGAUUGUGUUUGUGUUGACUCGAUGUCUGACAAAACCAGGUGAAACCCACGGCCGUGAACGGGGCCGCACCGUGUUUUCCUGUCAUACAUGUACUCAUUCCUGAGAAAUGGAAAUAAAGUCUAAUUUUGGAA